AUGGAGGUGGAUGAGCGUGUCCACAUCUUAACUGAGAGCUUUGAGCCCUUUGCGCCUAAAGCUCACCCCAGUGAUCGGUUACUGGACCGCUAUGCAGACCGUCUCUGCUUUGAUGAUUGUGAUCCUACUCAGGAUAGGUGCCCAUAUCUCGAUGAGCUCAUCGCAAAUGCGAGGGCCGACCCACUAACAGUACUGGCUGCGGCUGAUGGCUCUGUCCCUCAGUCAAACCAGUAUCAGGCAACUUCGGCUGCCAUUAUCUACAAGGGACAUUGUGAGCUUGAAAGGACUCGCUAUGUCUCUGGCAGAGUUACUGCCCCUGAUGCAGAACUCAAUGCCAUUGCAUGCACAGUGCGCCUUGCUGUCAAGCAGGCAAACUGCCAGCAUAUUAUGGUUUUUACUGACUCUAUGGGCUCAGCCCACAGAGCGGUAGACCCCUCUGUACAUUCUGGUCAGGCUUUCAGUCUGUCAGUCUGUUGCGCUCUCCAAGAGUGGUUUGAGGCAGAUGACCUCCGCUGCAUCACCUUUGUCUAUGUUGCAUCUGCUUUGCAGUGGGACAUUCAUGGUGAGGCACACCAGUACAUCACUGAGCUCAAAGUCAGGGUUGGAUGUCAUAAGACGGACAACUCCAAAGACGCGUUGCGCUCUUGA